AUGAUCGCGGCUCUGAGCCACGAAGGAGCCUUUCGGGAGGCAGGUCUAGGAAUUACGUACCCCGGCACAGCUCUCGUACAAACUACAGAAGCCCAGAUCGGCCAUACCGGGGCGCAGACUAUUCACGACGAGCCUAUCGUAAUCGCAGCCCCGACUACGGUGACAAGUACCGGCGCAGAAGCCCAUCUGGAGCCCGCUAUGGGCGGGAACAACGUCCGUACAAAGGUGGUCGCAACGCACCUUAUCGGCAGAGCAGAAGCCGCUCUCCGCUGUCACGUCGCAGCAGGAGCGCGGAGUCCGUUCACAGAAGCGAGAGGUGUACGCGGAACGAUGUGCCAUCCGCAAGAUUUGGCAGCAGAGCUUCUUACCUGCGAACGAGAGGGGCAAAUAGGGUGCCGUCUCGCAGCUCAUCCCGCGCUUAUGGACGCAAGAGUCCUUUACGCGGGGAACAGGCGGGCCGGCACGAUGGCUGCCACCGGUCAGUGUCUCGAGACAGGUACCGGGACAGGCGCGAUGAGCGGAGCAGAAAUUUCGUCUCUCCCGGGACGGACUUCCCGUCCCGAAAAGGGCGUGCACUGGACCAGUAUGAUCCCCUUCCUAACAGAAGUGACGUACGGCGAACCGAUAAGUACGCUGCAAUGCAUCGCUCAGAAGGCCGAAGCGUGUCACAGCACAACAGAAGCCGUCGGCCUUCACCAAGGAUCUCGCGAGGGCGCAAGACACCAUCUCCAAGUCACCGCUCACGAUCGCAAGGACGAACUGCAAAGUGGUCAAGGAGUGCUAGCAGGUCAGGCAGUUGGGCCAGAAGAAGACAUGGGACAACCGCCAGCCGGCGCUCACCCAAUGCAAGCAGGUCUAGCCGAAGGUCCGGAAGUGGAGGAAGAGGGGCAGAAGCUGCCAAUACAAGUCGACACUCGCAAGUGUCUGAGGGAAGCUUUACCCGAAGAUCACCAGUUGGGUCUACAAGGAGGGGUGGCGAAACUUCGACUCGCUGACAGCAAAGAAACAAAUUCAGAUGGGCAAUCUUUAGGCCAUCAAGGAAAACGAACGCCCGAGCAGGAAGCCUCACCCGAGCGAGCACAAGAUAAUGUUGAAGGGGAAAGGUGCGGUGACGAAAGGCCAGUAGAAGCCCCUUGUCGUAGGAGCGAGGUUUGUUCGGGUGCCAGACAGUCUUUAUCUGUUUCACGCUCCCCGCCAGCUGGAAUGAGGGUCCGGGACCCUGAACGGGACGAGGAGAAAGAACAUGGACUUAGCUGUCCGGAGACACCCUCCGUAGCUGGGCAACCUGGUGCAGAAAAGAACAGGCACUUGCCUGAGACAAGCGCGGCUUCCAGGGGUACCAGAUUAUGUGUUCAAAAGCUUGGCUCACAGGAAGAAGGGCCGAUUCAAGAACAAGGCGAAAUGCCAGCCAAAGUAGAAGACCAGCCUCCUGCGUCUAUAGCCCAGAGUAGUCGCUCCUCACCAGCGCAGAGGCAUAAUGAGAGGCUGCAGUCCGAAGGACCCGGGCAUGAUGCUGAUGCUCAGUGCGAUGGACGGCCAGCAGAAACUUCCGGCGCAAGAAACAUUGCAGCUAGCUCGGCAGGUUGUGCUACGACGAUAGAUGAACCGGAGGGCUCCCGUGCAGGGUUAGCUUCAGAGGAAAGUAGGCGCAACGCAGAAGUUGACAGAACAGUUGUACAACGCAGAAUUGUCGCUACGGAGCCGUUCCCACCCGUAGACACUGCGGAAGUGUAUAGAGCGUAUCCAGAACAUUCUUCAAGAGGAUACUCAAGGGCCCAACGCUUUCCGCGGGAGAGGGGCGACCGCUUUCUUCCGGGGAUGAAUAGACAUCAGACUGUCAGUCCCAAUGCAUGGUACCGACAGGACAGGGAUGAGCGCCCUGAUUUCCCUCAGCCUAUGUAUCCCGUUAAUACCGGAAGAUCUGUGCGGCUAGUAGCCCGACGUGGUGAUAGGAAUCCAUUGAUUACUGCGCAACAACGUAUGAGGCAUGCAACUCCAAAUGAGUCCCAGCAUGUACUGCUCCACAACGGGAUCUACCAGCAGGUGGCACAACCUAACCAACGGCAGCUUAGGAGGACACCAAUUCACGUUCAGCCGGCUGCAGGACGGAGCCGGAAAAUGGCUGGGAUCAUAGGGCGAGGCCUACAGGAAAGAAAAAACGCGGCAGGGAGAAACACUCGAGAGAGUAGACGAUUGAAUGGACAACGUGUCCGCAAUGUGCUUAAGAUGGCACUCAUCGCAACUUCACACAUGCAGACUGUUCGGAAUACGUUUAAAAGAGGGAUAGCGCGAAUGCAGCAGCGCUGGCUGCAACAAGGCACGACGCUGACACCGAUGGCGCAGAUGAUGGAUACCCCUUGA